AGGCCUUGGUGAGCACGCGGCGGCGCCGCCGGGGCUCGGCCUCGUCCUGCUCCGAGCCCGGCUCGUCGCCCUCGUCGAUGUCGAAGUCCGAGUCCACCUCGUCAUCGCUGUCCGAGUGCUCGCCGCGGUACUCGUCAUCCCCCGACUCCUGGAACGCGGGAAUGCCGGGAAUGACGGGAAUGACGGGAUCGGGAACACCGGGAUCGCGCCCGGGGUCCCCGCGGGGCUCGUUGUGCCCGGACUCCGAGGGAUCCAACACCUUCAAAAAGUCCUUGACUCCUGAGAUGCCGGGAGGAUCCCAGACCAUCCGGAAAGGCCACAGAGGAGUGGAUUCCACGGGAGAAACCACCUACAAAAAGACCACGUCGUCGGCGCUGAAGGGCGCCAUCCAGCUGGGCAUCACGCACACCGUGGGCAGCCUGAGCACCAAGCCCGAGCGCGACGUGCUCAUGCAGGACUUCUACGUGGUGGAGAGCAUCUUCUUCCCCAGCGAGGGCAGCAACCUGACCCCCGCCCACCACUACAACGACUUCCGCUUCAAGACCUACGCGCCCGUGGCCUUCCGCUACUUCCGGGAGCUCUUUGGGAUCCGCCCCGACGACUACCUGUACUCGCUGUGCAGCGAGCCCCUCAUCGAGCUCUCCAACUCGGGCGCCAGCGGCUCGCUCUUCUACGUCUCCAGCGACGACGAGUUCAUCAUCAAAACCGUGCAGCACAAGGAGGCCGAGUUCCUGCAGAAGCUCCUGCCCGGCUACUACAUGGUGAGAGCGCCCGGAAUUCCAGAGAUUCCUGGGAAUUCCCGGCCCUGGGAAUGCGGGAAAUCCCGGAGGAGCGCCCCCCCGUGGGGCUGGGCUCUCGUCCCCCUGGGUGUGAGCCCUUUCCCAGCCCAAAACACCGUGGAAAACACCAAAAAAAUCCAUGGAAAACUGCUCUCGUCCCCCUGGAUAAAAAAACUUGUGGACCUCAUGAGUUCCAGUGCAAAAACAACAACUGCAUUCCAGAUCACUGGAGAUGUGACAGCCAGAAUGAUUGUGGAGAUAAUUCUGAUGAAGAAAACUGUACCUGGACCAGGCCCAGCGCGAGCGCGCGGCCGCCGGCUGGGGUUUGGAUGGACUGGGAUUUACUGGGGUUUACUGGGGUUUACUGGGAUGGUCUGGGCUGGGCAGAGAGCGCUCUACUCCACGGCCAUGGAGUCCAUCCAGGGGGAGGCACGCCGGGGGGGCACCAUCGAGACUGAAGACCAGAUGGGCGGAAUUCCCGCCCGGAAUUCCCGGGGGGAGCGGCUGCUGCUCUACAUCGGCAUCAUCGACGUCCUGCAGUCCUACAGGUUCGUGAAGAAGCUCGAGCACUCCUGGAAGGCCCUGGUGCACGAUGGGGACACGGUGUCCGUGCACCGGCCCAGCUUCUACGCCGAGCGCUUCCAGCGCUUCAUGUGCCACACGGUGUUCCGCAGGAUCCCACUGAAGGCCUCGCCGUCCAAGAAGAGCCGGGGCGGCGGCGCCGUUCCCAGGAGGAGCUGCCAGGGGGGGAUCCCGCUCCCGAACCAGCUCCCGGCCGCGGGGGACGCCCGGGCCCCGCCGGGCGCCGAGCCGGACCUGGAGCAAGGCUCCCGGCCGGAUCUGCUGCCGCGCUCGGUGCCGGACGCCGGCGGAGCCUCGGUGGCGCCGUCCCUGUCCCUGUCCCUGUCCCCGUCCCUGUCCAGCCCCUCCCUGGGCAGCGCCGGCGCCUCCCCCCCCAGCAGGUCCGUGGGGGUGGAGGUGCACCCGGGGCCCGGCGCGGCUCCCGCCCCCUCCCUGCCCAGCGGAUCCCCCGGCCCCUCCCUGCCCCUGGAGCUGGAGGAGCUGCAGGAGACCGAGAUCAGCUUCGAAGGAGCCAAGAUGGUUCUGGAGAGCACCAUGGUGUGCGUGGACAACAGCGAGUACAUGCGGAACGGGGACUUCCUGCCCACGCGGCUGCAGGCGCAGCAGGACGCCGUGAACAUCGUGUGCCACUCCAAAACCCGCAGCAACCCCGAGAACAACGUGGGGCUCAUCACCCUGGCCAAUAACUGCGAGGUGCUGACCACGCUGACCCCGGACACCGGGCGCAUCCUGUCCAAGCUGCACACGGUGCAGCCCAAGGGCAAAAUCACCUUCGGCACCGGCAUCCGCGUGGCCCACCUGGCGCUGAAGCACCGGCAGGGCAAGAACCACAAGAUGAGAAUCAUCGCCUUCGUGGGCAGCCCCGUGCACGACAGCGACAAGGACCUGGUGAAGUUGGCCAAGCGCCUCAAGAAGGAGAAGGUCAACGUGGACAUCAUCAACUUUGGGGAGGAGGAGGCCAACACGGAGAAGCUGACGGCGUUCAUCACGGCGCUCAACGGCAAGGACGGCAGCGGCUCGCACCUGGUGACGGUGCCGCCGGGGCCCAGCCUGGCCGACGCCCUCAUCAGCUCCCCCAUCCUGGCGGGCGAGGGCGGCGCCAUGCUGGGCCUGGGCGCCUCCGACUUCGAGUUCGGGGUGGAUCCCAGCGCUGACCCCGAGCUGGCUCUGGCGCUGCGCGUGUCCAUGGAGGAGCAGCGGCAGCGGCAGGAGGAGGAGGCGCGCAGGGCGGCCGCCGCCUCGGCUGCCGAGGCCGGGAUCGGCGCCGCCGGGGGCGAUGAGUCGGACGAGGCCCUGCUCAAGAUGACCAUCGGGCAGCCGGAGUUCGGCCGCGCGGGGCUGCCGGACCUGAGCUCCAUGAGCGAGGAGGAGCAGAUCGCCUACGCCAUGCAGAUGUCCCUGCAGGGCGCCGAGUUUGCCCAGGCCGAGGCGGCCGAGGUGGACAGCGGAGCGGCCAUGGACACGUCCGAGCCCGCCAAGGAGGAGGACGACUACGACGUGAUGCAGGACCCCGAGUUCCUGCAGAGCGUGCUGGAGAACCUGCCCGGCGUGGACCCCAACAACGAGGCCAUCCGCAACGCCAUGGGCUCGCUGGCCUCGCAGGCGGCGCGCGAGCAGCGCGAGCGCAAGGACGAGGAGAAGAAGUGAGCCCGGGAAUGAAUGGCGGGAAUGGCGGGGCCGGGAGAGCUCCGCGGGAUGUGGGAGCAAUAAACGGAAUUUCUCCA